GGCAGAGACGCCAGCCCAGUGGCCAGUGAGGAUACAGCCUCCCGCCUGACUCUGCUCUCUCCACCUGUGUUCCAGUCACUGCGCCCGACAUGUCAUCUGAAGGGAAGAGCCCCAGCAUGCCUACUCCUCUCACCAACCUGGAGGUCAAGUACACCAAGAUCUUUAUUAACAACGAAUGGCAUAACUCAGUCAGUGGCAAGAAAUUUGGUGUCUUCAACCCAGCCACAGGAGAAAAGAUAUGUGAUAUAGAAGAAGGAGAUAAGGAAGAUGUAAAUAAAGCUGUGAAAGCGGCAAGAGAAGCAUUCCAGUACGGAUCACCAUGGCGCAGAAUGGAUGCUUCAGAGAGGGGUAAACUGUUGAAUAAGUUAGCAGCCCUCAUCGAACGGGACAUCUUGAUUCUAAGCACAUUGGAGUCAAUUGAUGCAGGAAAGACUUUCACCUCAUCCUACUUUGCAGACAUACCAGGAGCUCUUAAGUCCCUGCGCUACUGUGCAGGCUGGGCAGACAAAAACUGUGGCCGUACAAUACCUAUGGAUGGAGAUUACUUUACUUUCACAAGACAUGAACCUGUUGGAGUAUGUGGUCAAAUAAUCCCUUGGAAUUUUCCACUUGUAAUGUUUUCUUGGAAAAUUGCACCUGCACUCUGCUGUGGUAACACGGUUGUCAUCAAACCUGCCGAACAAACACCACUGACUGCUCUGUACAUGGGAUCACUAAUAAAAGAGGCAGGCUUUCCACCAGGAGUGGUGAACAUUGUUCCUGGAUUUGGACCCACAGCUGGAGCAGCCAUAUCACAUCACAUGGACAUUGAUAAAGUUGCAUUCACUGGCUCAACUGAGGUCGGAAAGUUAAUAAAGCAAGCUGCUGGAAAGACCAACCUUAAGAGAGUUUCACUGGAGCUUGGAGGAAAAAGUCCACUCAUUAUUUUUGCUGAUGCAGAUUUGGACCUGGCAUUAGAGACAGCCCACCAAGCUCUGUUCUAUCACCAAGGGCAAUGUUGUAUAGCUGCAUCUCGAUUAUUUGUGGAAGAACAAAUCUAUGAUGAAUUUGUGCGCAAAAGUGUUGAGAGAGCUAAAAAACGGGUUCUAGGAGAUACCCUCUCACCUGCAACAGAGCAAGGGCCACAGAUUGACAAGGAGCAAUAUGACCGAAUUCUUGAUUUAAUUGAAAGUGGAAAGAAAGAAGGAGCAAAACUGGAAUGUGGAGGUGGCCCAUGGGGCAAUAAAGGCUUCUUCAUCCAGCCUACGGUUUUCUCAAAUGUUAAAGAUGAGAUGCGCAUUGCCAAAGAAGAGAUAUUUGGGCCUGUACAGCAAAUUAUGAAGUUCAAAACUAUCGAUGAAGUAAUUAAGAGGGCAAACAACACUACAUAUGGACUGGCUGCUGGAGUUUUCACCAAAGACCUUGACAAAGCAAUGAUGUUUUCUGCUGCUCUUCAAGCAGGAUCUGUCUGGAUAAAUUGCUACAGUGCCUUGUCCCCUCAGUGUCCAUUUGGAGGGUUUAAGAUGUCAGGAAAUGGACGUGAAAUGGGUGAAUAUGGCAUACAUGAGUACACUGAAGUGAAAACAGUUACCAUGAAGAUCUCACAGAAGAACUCUUAAAGAUGUAAAGCAUCUACUCUUUACCCAACAUUUUGCUAAGAUGUUAAAAUGCAUAAUUCAAAUGUUCUGCAGUAAAAUAGUGACCAUAUCUUUCUGGUGCUUUAAUAAGAAAAAAAAUGACCAUGUCUAUACAGUGAUUACUAGUUGUACUUGUUGUUCUCUGUUAGACGGUACAGUAUCAGUAAACAAUAAAAUGACAGUUGUAGGUACUGGAAAUACUGUAUAUGUACUUCUUUAGUAGAUGCUAGUGGCAGAUAGGUAUAUUUCCUAAAAAUAUAAUUGCUGCAUGUAACUCAUAACUCACCAAUAAAAGAAAUGAUUUUGCUGUU